GUGAACGUUCGCCGACUGCACGGGUUUAUUUUUAAUUUCAAUAUUUUACCCACUGCACCGUCAUUCCUGUUGACCUCGCACAAGUAUUCGGCAAAAAUAUUAAGUGAAUUUUAAUUGGCUGCAAAAUAAUUUCAAUUUACAACAUUGUUGGUGGCUUGAAACGUACCGUUAAAGAACCAUCCUUCCUCUAGUUCUUGAUCGAGAAACUAGCGAAAGUUGUGCAAGUGUCUGUCUCACGAAAGAAACAUCAACCGCUUGCGAUGUUAAGCAUGGCUUAAGCGCGAAAUAGCAGCACUCAAAAAAAAGCCGAAAUGAUACAGUGAAAUUAAAGUGAAAAUAAAAACGAAAUCAAUUCAACGACUCUAACCUCAAAACUGACGUCGAACACCAUGAAAGCCGCAACUUCCAAGACCGUGGUUAUCUGAUAGUGAUUCAGUGUGUGUUUUGUGUAUGUUUAUUGCGAGGUGUCUAGUCUGUUACCUUUUCAUCACCCAGACAUUCCGCCAAUCAGUUGAUCGCUUACGUCGCGACGCUCAUACAAUAGCUUCGUCAUUCACACGAGACCGUUCGAAGUUCAACGCCGAAAGACCCGCAAUUGCUGAACACACGCGCUUGACAGGUGAAAACCCUUGCAUAAGCAGGAGUUAGAACGGUUUCAAUUCAGUGACUGGUGGCAAGACGAAAAAUGGCUUCGUUCGGCGUCUGGGAUUAUGCGGUGCUGGUUGCCGUACUGCUGGUGUCGGCAGGUAUCGGCAUUUACUACAGGUUUUCCGGUGGCAAGCAGAAAACGACUACGGAAUACCUUCUGGCCGACCGGAACAUGUCCAUCUGGCCGGUUUCGUUCAGCCUGAUGGCAAGCUUUAUGUCGGCCAUCACACUGCUGGGAGUGUCAAAUGAAAACUAUCAAUUUGGCACUCAGUUCGUGGUGAUAAAUAUUUCCUACGGUUUGGCCACUCCGAUUGCAGCCUACCUUUUCCUACCGGUGUUCUUCAAACUUGAAGCUAGCAGUGCCUACGAAUACCUAGAAAUGCGAUUCGGCAAAAAGACUCGACUGGCUGCCUCGCUGGCCUAUCUGCUGCAGAUGAUACUGUACAUGGGAAUCGCGGUCUAUGCCCCGGCGCUGGCUCUGGAAGCCGUCACAGGGAUGAACCAAACCUAUUCCAUCCUGACGAUCGGAAUAAUCUGCACCUUUUACUCGACCAUAGGCGGUAUGAAGGCGGUGUUGUUCACCGAUCUGUUUCAAUCGUUCCUGAUGUUUGCUGCCAUUUUUGCUGUCAUAAUUUGUGCGGCAAUUGAUGCCGGAGGCAUAGGAAAAAUCUUCGAAGUUGCUGAUAAGGGAAACCGAUUGGAGCUUUGGAAUUUCGAUCCAGAUCCAACGACUCGGCACACCUGGUGGUCUCUGACGUUCGGUGGAAUGUUCACGUAUCUUUCGCUCUAUGCAGUCAAUCAAACGCAAGUUCAGCGGUUGAAAACCGUCAAAGAUCUCAAAACAGCCCAAAAAGCACUUUGGCUAAACUGGCCAAUACUUUCGUUACUUAGUCUAAGUACUUCUUUCAGUGGUCUGGCAAUUUAUUAUUACUACAGCACGUGUGACCCGCUGAAACAGGGCCGCAUUACGGUUCGCGAUCAAACGAUGCCUCUGUUCGUAGUGGACGCUAUGGGAGAUAGACCCGGACUGCCCGGUUUGUUUGUAUCCGGUAUCUUUGCCGCAGGCUUAUCGACGGUAUCAGCCGCACUCAACUCACUGGCUGCUGUCACUCUUGAAGACUACCUAAAACCACUGUACGUUAAAAUUCGGAAACGAUCCCUCCCGGAUAUGCAGUCCAGCUUCCCCACCAAGAUAAUGGCUUUCGUUUACGGUAUCAUCUGCAUAGCAGUGGCCUUUGUCGCGCAGUUUAUGGGAGGCGUCCUACAAGCCUCAUUGACAAUUUUUGGGGUUGUGGGAGGACCACUUUUCGCUCUAUUCUCGAUGGGAAUGUUCACAAAACGAGCAAACCAGAGGGGAGUCAUGGUUGGUCUGCUGGUGGGACUUUCUUUCUCCCUCUGGAUAGGAUUCGGUCAACCGAAACCACCUCUAAAAAUGUUAGACUUCUCGGUAGAGGAUUGCAGCAGAUUCGGUGGAUACAACGCUACCGAAAGCAGUCCGAUUGUGAUGGCACAACGAGUCGAACGAGAAGAUUCGGACUACUUCUACCUUUACAGACUAUCUUACAUGUGGUCGGUGGUGCUAGGCUAUAUAGUAACCUUCAUCGUAGGUUACGGAACUAGCCUAAUGUUACGAUGGCUUGGUUAUUCCGGAACAGAUCGGAUCUAUUUGGAUAAUGAUAAAGUUUACAUUAACACAGAUCUAUUUUCGCCUCCAAUCGCCAAACGCAUGAAAAGAGCUCUUGCCAAACACCUCGAAAAUGGAGGCGAUAUUGAAAUCACCAAACAAAACGCUAUCCCGAAAUCCGAUUUUACCCGCCUUUGAGGCUCGAGCUGUUCAACCCACAAACUAAAUUCAGACUGUUAAUUACGGUACCUUCAUAAACAGGAAAUCGAACAAAAGUUUACCCACAAAACACAUCAAGUAUUGAAUUGAACGACUGGCCAAUCAAUGUGUGAUCCCAGUAACUGCUUUUAGCUCAUACACCAGCAUAAAUGUGUCUCCUACAAAACAAAACAAACAAAAAAAAAACGCCAGGCUGCACAACUGCCGCAUUUCAAUGCGUUUUUUCGGUGAUCGAACUCUGUUAGUUCAACACAAUAAUCGGCGACGAUUGCAGUAAAAAAUGCAAUCCGAAACCAGGAAUCAACGUCUUCCAGAAGAACGAGAGUAGUUACAAUAUUAUACACAAUACACAAUUAGUGAAACUAUAUGAUAGUUUUAGGCACAAACUGGUUUACUUAAUAGUUUUUAGAGGAAACAAAAACAAACAAACGAAAAAAAGCUUUCUAAUUUAUUCCCGCUAUCGCAUUACUUUUCAAACAAACGAAAGUGACGCAGCGUGUAGGGCCAAUUGGCUCCGGUUUGUUUAGUGGCGUGAUAUAUUAUUGUAUGACAGUGUACGAAAAAGUGUUGAUAAAUUGUUAUAAAAAUGGAGAGAUGAC